UCGUCAACAUGUGGCGGUCGGUUUUAAAAGAAAAAAUGACCCUCGUUUGCUACAAGGAAGGUUCGGAUGAGAUAAUCGGAGCUAAUAUUCUUGCAGUAAAGAAUACAUCAAAUUAUUUUAAUUUCAAGCUCAAGAACGACAGGCAAGAUAAUAUGCUGAACAUCAUUGACUACGUUUCGAAGCAAUUCGACUUCACCGAACGUUAUUGCAUUGAGAACCGACUAGUUGCGUACGGUCUAUCCGUCAACAAACUGUACCGUGGACGAGGGAUCGCGACGGAUAUCCUGAAGGCCCGAGUGCCGAUGUGUAAAGCUCUUGGAAUAAAACUCGCUGCCCAUCCGUUUUCCGCCAUCGGGUCUCAGAAAGCCGCACUAAAUGCUGGUUAUCGAACGGACUACGAAAUAACCUAUGACGACCUUUCUAAAUUGGGCCCAGAAUACACUCUGCCAGAUAUCAAAUCAAAAUAUUUCAAACUUAUGAGUUAUUCGAUGGAAUAAAGUUAAAAAUAGAACAUAAUAAAACAC